GGGAGGCAGGGCUGUGACAAAACCUGUCUUACGAGAGAGAGAAAGAGAGGGCGAAAGAGAGAGGGAGUCUUUACAUCGCCAGCAAGCAUCGGGGAGAGAGGAUCUAAAGGAAGUGUCCUGUGUUUGUCUGAAGAGGAGAGAGAGAGAGAGAGAGAGAGAGAGAAAGAGAGAGAGAGAGAGAGAGAGAGACAGAGAGAGAGAGAGAGAGACAGAGAGACAGAGAGACAGAGAGAGAGAGAGAGAGAGGAAACACCACGUAAAGAGACAGAAGAUACCCUUUCCUGGAAAACUCCAGUCCUCUCUGACUGUCGCCGCUCACUGAGGAAGAAAGACAGCAGUGUUUUAAAGAAGAGGGACCGUUUAACCUGGUUGUUGUUCCACUGAGGGCUGAGACACACAGAGAAGAAGAAGACAUGUCUGGUCAUUUACUAAGGAGAAGCUCCAGCAAGGCAGGUCUGCAGAAUCUCCUCAGGGUGACGGCCCAGCGCAGUAUGGAGGAUGCUGAGGAGAUAGAGCGGGAGCGGCGACGGAGGGCCAGGGAGAGACAGGGAGGCCACAGGCACCACACUGGCCCAGCCAGCCCCGCAAGCCCCACGCUGGACAACGGGCCCCUGGAGCUGUAUCCAAUGUGUGAGAGUGAGCUGAAGGCUAGUGGCUGCCAGUUGACUCUGGAGGAGGACGAGGGCUUCAGUGACUGGACCCAGAGGUUGGAAAAACGCAGACAGCGCCACCUGGAGGAACAGGAGUCCUGGGAGGACCAUCAGCCUCAGCCCCAGCCCCAGCAGCAGUCCCAGCUGCUAAACGGAACCUCCACAACCAGGCCCUGCCUGAAGACACGUCCUGGGCCUGGGCCCGAGGAGGAGGAGGAGGAGGAGGAGUGGGAACGAAGAGCCAGCAACAAGACACGAGAUGCUUCAAGAAGAGCAACAGACAACAAGGUAGUGGAAAAGAAGAAAUCUGAGUUGAAGAUCUCCUACACCUCUAAAGUCAUGAGACACGUCAACAGUAACGGGGAAGCAGCUGGAGCGGAAGUGACAUCAUACCUAGUUGCAGGAAAACUGUCCCCAAGUUGCAGUGGCAGCUUGAGAGGGCAGAGACAGGAGGAGGUGGAUGGAGAGGUUCCCGACGGGCUGCCGGAGACAGAGAAGACGGCAGGCCAGGGAGAGGGCACCCUGGAACAGCGGGAGGACAAGGAGGAGAUGGAGGAGUUGAACCGCAGGCGAGAGGAGAGACACAGGGCCAGGGAGGAAGAGGAGCAGCACCAGAGAGAGGAAGAGGAGGAGGAGAGGAAGAGGGUGAAAGAGGGGAUCGAGAGGAGGAGGGUGUCGGCUACAGAGAGGAGGAUGAAGAACCUCAGUAUCUCCAGCAUUGAGGGAGACGAGUCCUUCAGCCCCUUCAGUCCCAUGAGCCCCACCUUCAAGAAUGACAAGGAGAACAGGAUGACGGCUGACAAUACCUGCACGAUCAACGAGAGGACUGAGUCUCUGAACCGCUCCCUGCAGAAAAGUAACAGCAUCAAGAAGACCCAGGCUCCCAUCCCUAUCUCCAGGAUCGACAACAGACUGGAACAGUACACUCAUGCCAUUGAGACGUCCUCUAAGGAAGCCCAGGCGGCCAAGCAGCAGGUUCUGAUGGACCUGCCAAGCCCCACUGAGCCUGUGGCCUCCAAGAAGAACCUGUUUGAGGCCGGGGAAGCUUGGAGCCAGACCCCCAGGGAGACACCUUCCAAGGAUACAGAGGGUCUGAAUGUAGGCGUGGCCGACCUCAUCCACCAAUGGGUGAAAGGAAACCCAGAUGGAAGCAGCAAAAGCCUCUCCAAGCCAGCAGAGGUGAAUGCUGGUGAUGUUCUGAGCAAGAAGAACCUCUGGGAGAAUCUAGGAGACUCUUCGCCAUCUGGGAGAGUUGGGAAGGGAGCCUCUGGUAAAAAGUACAAAUUUGUGAUGAUGGCUCACGGCAAGUAUGAGAAGGUUGCCGUCGGUGAUGAUGAGAACAACGACCACACAAACAGGAAAUCAAUCGGACAUUGCCUUGGGGAAUUGUGAAGAACACACUUUGGAUUGGGAUUACUGCGAUGAUCACUUCACAUCAUAUUUAUCAUUCAUUCAUUCUUUUGCAUUCAACCAUUAGCCGACAUAUUCCUCCUAAAGCAACAUUUAGAUCAACAUUUCUGAAGCCUAUGCAGUAUGUUAUGUGUACCAGUUGAUUUUCUCCAUAGCAACACACUGCCAACCUGGUAUAAAACUAUUCACAAACGGUCAGAAAUAUCAAAUUACGCAAAAAAUAUUAACGUUUGUACUCUUCAAUCUUAUCCAUUUUGUCUUUUUUUGUGAAUAAUGUGCUUUCAUUUACUAUUUGUUCACUUUAAACAAAAAAAAUGAAAUAAAGUAAACUAAUGAGGUAAAUGUA